UUGCAUCUGACCAUGCUUUAAAUGAAGCUGAAGCUCAAGUCAUCACGAAAGAGUCAUUCGCAGACAGCUCAACUGGUCGACGAGCACAGCUCAGCGCCGGUCGCUGCCCAGCCAAGCGCCGACGAGCUCGCGCAACUGGAGGCAGACUACGCAGCCCUGUGCCGCACAUGCACUGUCGUUGCGCUGGGCAGUCCUGGCGGCGGUGCGAGCACGCUCGUCCGCCUGUUCCGGCUGCUGUGGAGUCCGCCGAGCGACGUUGCCGGACUCCAGUCUGCGUUCGCGCCCGUGAUUCAGUGCAAUACCAUCGACAGCAUGCUGGUCGUGCUCAAGACGAUGGGUCAGCUGGGCGUGUCGUUCGUCGGCGACGAGGCGUCCAAAGCAGCCGCUGCCAAGCACCUGCAGGAAGAGUUUGUCAACCCGUACAUGGCGCCGCCAACCGUGGAGCAAUGGCAAGCAUGGGAACAAGCGGGUCUGAGACCCCUCUAUGGGCUCCCUCCGUUGUCUCCGGAACAACGGGCCGACGUGUCGACUGCGACGUCCAAUCUGCUUUCGCUCAUUCAAGACGCGGGUGUGCGUACCGCCGGUGGUAGCCUAGUGUCAUCGCAAGUCUGGGCCAUGAACGAUCCGCCCGAGUACAUGUUUCGACAUGCUGCCCGCAUUUGCGCAGCAGUCGACUAUGCACCCACCAUCCAGGACGUCAUUCGUAGCCGGCAGUACUCUCGGUUGUUUGAUGCAGCAGAGUUUGAAGCGCCAGACUCUUCAGCCAACGACAGUUCUGGCACGACGUCGCAGCAGCAGCAGCAGCGUCGUGUCAUUGUUUUAGAGCCAGGCCAGCGUCACAGUCUUCUUGCAAAGCACACCUCUGACAAGUGGCUACGAUGCUUUGUGGAGCGGCCUGCUGGGACGAUGAAGGUGACCUUUUCCACUUCUGUCGUCGCCUACACACAGCCAGCUGCGCAAUCGGGCCGAACAGCAAUGCACGACGCCAUUGAUCAAGUUCAAGCAUUGUGCAAACGAUUGUAUGCGCCCCUGUUCACCGCAACCCGAGCGGCCGAGAAUGACGGGCUGCUGGAGUUUUCGCAUGUGCCGCGAGCGCCGCCAACAGGCCCUCCAACACUCCACAUCAUCUUAACACGCAUGGAUUUACUGCGACACCGGCUGUGUACAAAGUCCCUUGCCAGCGUCUUUCCAGACUUUCACCAGCCGCAUCCAAGCAACUUUCCCCCAUCGACGUCGGCAGAGGUCGACGCACUUGUUCAAGCCGCCAAUGCCUUUCUCGCCAAAUUGUUUGCCACUGCGGCCGUUUCUGCCGGCGCGCCUCCGCUGUUGGUGAAGGUGCAUCUGCAAGCGGCAAUCUUGACUGCCGAGGUUGCUCAGCAGUUGACCAGCAUUGCGCUCGAGUAACCCAGUGAAGUGUGAUUGAGUUCAAUCUAUCCCACCCACCCCCCAAACCUCUGCAGGCACAACCUAUUUAUUUGCACUUACACCAAUACAGUGACGCUUUCGGCUUUGGG